GAGAAGGAGAAGCACCUCUCCUUCAUGAAGAUCUACAAUGCCGGGGAGAAGGUGCUGGUGCACCGGCACGAGGGCCACAUUCAGUCCCGGGUGGUGUACUACCUGAUGAACAUUCACAUUACGCCGCGCUCCAUCUACCUCACCCGCCACGGCGAGUCGGUGUACAACCUGCUGGGACGCAUUGGCGGCGACGCCGAGCUCUCCGAGCGCGGUUGGGAGUACUCGAAGGCGCUGGGCAAGUACAUUGCCGAGCAGAAUAUUCCCCGCCUGCGCGUGUGGACGUCGCAGCUGCGCCGCACGGCUCAGACCUCUGAGCUGAUCAAGGCGCCGCAGGAGCGCUGGAAGGCGCUCAAUGAAAUUGACGCCGGCAUCUGCGAGGAGAUGACCUACGAGGAGAUUCAGAACAAGUACCCGGAGGAGUUUGCCCUCCGCGACCAGGACAAGUUCCACUACCGGUACCCGAAGGGAGAGUCUUAUGAGGACCUAGUGGCUCGACUGGAGCCAGUCAUCAUGGAGCUGGAACGACAGGAGAACGUUCUGGUGGUUGCCCAUCAAGCUGUUCUGCGUUGCCUCUUGGCGUACUUUCUCGACAAACCAGCGGAGAAACUGCCCUACCUGAAGGUGCCCCUGCACACCAUCAUCAAGUGCUCGCCGGUGGCGUACGGCUGCGAGACGGAGGAGAUCAAGGUGCCCAUUCCGGCGGUGAACACCCACCGGGACAAACCACUGAACUGUGACACUGAUCGUGGCUCAAAUGAAGCCCUUCAAACGGUUCCUGAACAUAUCUAA